AACCCAGAGAUUUUUGAUCCUGAGCGGUUCAAAGAUGAUAAAAAACAGUCUGUUUUUUUAUCUUUUGGUGAUGGCUCAAGAAACUGUGUAGGUAGAUUUGGAAUUUACCAAUCUGCUCUCGGGAUUAUUUCUAUCUUAAAACACUUCCGAGUUUCACCUUCUGAAUUUUUUCAAGUUCCUUUCAAAAUUAACAAAGUAGCUAUGGUUUUAUCAGCUGUCGGCGGCAUUAAUUUGAAAUUUGAACCACUAACUUUA